AUGGCGAGUCAUCUGGUUGCAUCACUAUUCCAAGAGGAGAACAGCCCUCUUGUGAUGGUUCAAUUCAACAUGUUUGAAUGUGGUGGAGUGGCUAUUGGUAUAUCCAUCGCGCACAGGAUAGCUGAUGCAUUCACUAUAGGUACAUUCAUCAAUGCUUGGGCCACUGCUUGUCGAAUUGGGAGUGAAAAGGUUCAUUGUCGUCCAAGCUUCCAAUUGGGUUCUCUCUUUCCACCCAAAGAAAUGCCUUCGUCCAGUGGCACGGCUCCAGGAACGGACAUCAAGAUUAUCAGGAGAAGGUUCGUGUUUGAUGGCCAUACUUUAUCAAACCUGAAAGCAAUUGCUAGAGGUGGUGAUUCGGAACAGUUGGUGAAACACCAAUAUCCAUCACGAGUAGAGGUCGUGACAGCACUUAUAUGGAUGGCUCUCAUAAGGGUAGCUCAAGCUAGACAUGGCCACUUGAGGCCUUCCCUCCUCGGACUUACAUUUAACAUGCGAGGGAAGACAGCUAUGACUACUCCGGACUAUUCCUGUGGAAACUUUGUUAAUUGGGCGAAUGCGCAGUUUAUGCCAGAUGAUGAGAUCAAGAUGGAGCUUCAUCACUUCGUGAAUCGGGUGCACGACGCCAUAAGCACCACCACCCAUGAUUGUGCAAAAACUUCAAAUAGUGAUGACAUUUACUCUAUGGUGUCCAGUAAGGCGAGGGAGGUGGGUGAAGCACUUGGAGAAGGCAAUGUAGAUACCUAUAUGUUCAGUUGCUGGUGUCGGUUCCCAUGGUAUGAAGCGGAUUUUGGAUGGGGAAAACCCUCUUGGGUGAGUAGCGUGGACGUACCAACUGGCAUUGUUAUGCUUAUGGACACUAAAGAUGGUGAUGGAAUUGAAGUAUUUCUUGCCUUGGAUGAAAGCAGCAUGCUUACUCUUCAGCAAAAUCUGGACAAAACUAUUUCGUUCACUGGCUAG